UACGAAACGCGGAAAUACCUCUCGUAGCAGCUGAUUGCUGUGGCCCGCUAAGUAUCUCCGCGCGGGCCACCAUGUACCGCCGUCCCAUCCUCGCCAAACCUCAAAAAGCUCUCUCGAACGAGGUUGAAGACAGUUUCGCGAUGAGCUGUUCAAACAAAUACAUAUCCUCGAGUUUUCCAUUCCCCCAUAGCAAAGAGCUCUUUGAACCCGACAUCGUGGUCAUUGGUACGCUGAGGAUUUGAGUUUCUCCUUUGCGUUUUGGCUGUCCCCGCCUGGCGCAAGCUAUUCUCACCAACUCACGUCUUCUCGCCGUAGUGGCUGUGGCAAGCCGCUAUCCACGACCAUCCCACCCGCCCCUUGGACAGACCGAAAUUCCAUGGCAGACAGGCCUCUGACGCGAGCUCGCCAACAGUCUGACCGUGAAUCGUCGUACUACCAAAAUACGGAGACAGCCAGCACCAGCAGCAGCGACGAUUGGCAGGCCCCGACCCCAAGUCAAUCAGAACCUUCCAGAUUUCACAGAGUCGUGGACGAAACCCCGUCCUCGCCAUCAGUUACUGUGUCACGCUUACCACCCAGCCCCCCUAAAGACACAAACAGAUCUAUUCGUCUAAAAGUUAAGAUGCCGUCGAGUAAGCUUAGGGAGGUUACUAGUGGGCCUGAAAAACGUCAUCACAAUAUUUUCACAGAACCGGUGAUUGUUACGGGACCAAGAAAUAGCCGAUCGAAGAAAACCCUGGUGGAAGUUGACACAGACGAAGAUGAGGAUUUGGACGAGUCAAUGAAUGAAGAUGGAGAGGAGGAGUCGAAUGUAUCUGAUGCUGAUGGGACGGAUGGUGAAGUAGACCCAAAUGAGAGCGAGGAUGAGGAUGCCGAUGCCGAUGCCGAGACUGAUCCUGACGCUGAUGGUGAUGAUGUUGACAUGGAUGAUGCACCUCCAAUUUCCCCAAGCGCCAAACAGGCUGCGGCACGGCCGACUGUUACAGUUACACCUGCCGGAGGUGGCAGGCUGAAGAAUACCGACACCAAUAUGGACCUUGAUGAUGACGAUGAUGAUGACGAUGAAGAGCUCUCAGAAUUAGAUUCUGAUGCCGACGCCGAUGGGGAACCUGAUGAAACGGCCGUGCCAGAUGAGCCAUCAGAGCUUGUAGAAGACGAGGAGAUAGAAGAAGAAGAGGACGAGGAAGAAGAAGAAGAAGAUGAAGAAGAAGUAGAGAGUGACAGCGGCACUCCUAUUACUGCCAGUCGAGCAAGUACUCCCGAUGUAACGAAGAUGACUAAACGGCAACGAGGCCGUAUGGAGCUUGGGGGUGAUUUCCUACAAUUACCAAUGGAACCGCAGGUGAAGAAACACCUGACUGCUGAAGAGCAUGCCAUGCGACGAGCUGAAAUGGCACGACGACGUAAAAACCUCAGCGAAAAACGCAACGAGGAAGAAAAGAUGGAUACAAUUAACAAAUUACUCAAAAAACAAGCCCCCAAACGACGGGGCAAGAUCUCUGCAGCCGAAACCGCAGCCGCUGGUGACACAACCCCUAGAACCCAAGAACCACAGGAACCCGAAAAGCCUGACCCGAUAAUGAUACGAUAUGUUUCUAACCGUGAUGGUCGUCGCGUUGGGGUGCCGGAGGAAUGGUUUGGGACACCAGCCGGGCGGAUCUUUGGAAAUAUGCCUACGAAUCGGCGUACUGAGCCUAGCCGGGGCCACCGACUUGUGGAAGAGGUGUAAAACCAUUGAAAAUGGCUUUGCUUUCCCUCUGUUAUUCCUUUAUACCAGCGAGGCGUUUAGAGGUGCAUUUCAAUUUCGGACUAUUUUCAUUAAUGUGCGGGAUGGCUUUCAUAUUUAUUGGGAGGCGAGGGCAAUACGGGCAUAUUGUGUAUUACUACCAAAAGGGUGGAGUUAUUUUUUAUAUAUAUCGGUUGGAUAGGGCUAUAAAAUAGUACCCCCGCUUGUAUAAAUUGGAAACUCUGCAUACAAAAACAGCCCUAUUAGUAGGUGUAAUAUAUAGUAGCCCCUGAGUAUCUCGACGUAUAAAAAAUAUAUGCAUAUGCAGACGUUCCCUGUACCUCACUGCCAGCUGAGUAUUUUCUUCGAGGAAACUUCCCAAAAGUUUCGUUGGCUCCUAUUUUUGUUGGACCAUUUUGUGAAUUAAACAUCUUUCGGUCAAAACUUUACGGAGUAAUUGUACUCUUUUUCUUCACAUCGCCAGGCUCAUACCAUAUCUAUCAUUCCCAAACUCUAGGAGACUGUAUAUAUAGGGUCCAGGCGAGCAAGGGGCCCUGGUACGAAGAUUCCUUCAGCCCGAAGCUGGUAAAAUAUCGUCAUAUUGUCUCCUUCGGCUUGGUACCUCUUAGUAGAACCAGCAGGUGACGUCCAUCUCAGCAUGGAAAAUUGCCCUAUGUUUACAGGCGUCCGCACGAUCCUGGCUUUCAAUGUCUAUGCGGGUAG